AACAAAUGACAAUAUUGUUCAAGUUCGAACCUUAUUUAUUUGUUUUUGUUAGUAAAUAAUUGUUAUCAACUAAAUUGGGAGUGAUUUUAUUAAAAAAUUUAAAAAUUUAAGAAGACGUUAAUGAACAAAAAAAGAAAAAAAAAGUUGAGAAGGCCAUUAGAGAACGGUGUAUAAGUGACAGGGUCUUGUUAAUAUAUAGCAUUAGGACUUUUUUUCCCCUCUUUUUCCAUGCUGAUAUGAAUUUGGAUACGGAUAUUAAAACGGAUACAAAUACGAAUUGGAUUUAUGUGGAGUAUGAACUCGAAUCGGAUUUUUGAUCAGAGAUAUAAAUUAGAUUUUGGACGGAUACUGAUUAGGGUGUGUGUUUAUUGAGAGAUAGAGAGUACAAAGAAAUACACAUUGUAAUGUGCAUGUAUGUGUGAUUGUAUUUUUUACAUAAUAUAUGCAUCAAUAUAGGUAUUGUGUCUCUGAUAUCCGUAUCCGAAUCCAAAUUCAAAUUCGAAUAUGAAAAGCAUUUGUUCGUAACAUGUAUCCGAAUUCGACAGUUACAGUGAGUAUCUGACCAAAUCUGAAUCCAAAUUCAUGCCAAAUGGACUAUUUAUCAUCCGAAUCUACCUCCAACUGGAUUUUCCGGUCCGAUAAUGUCACAUCAGUUAAAAAAAUCAAAAGCAUGCUCAGGAACAUUAUGAGCAACAAAAUCUUCUUCUUUGUCUCCUAGUAUAUGCUACAUGAACAUUAGGAAAAUUUUUGAGCGAAUUUUUUCAGUAAAUGAUAGUAUUUCAAAGAAACAUAGGUAGCAUCUUCGGGAUGAACGUAAGGAUCCAUUCAAGCUAUAGAUGUUAUGAUUUGCUUUGGAUUAUACAUGCAGGAUAUUUUGUUUAGUUUGUUUGAUUUCUUUUUUAUAGGUUGGGAGUAGUUUCAUUUGAUUAUGUUAUCUCUCCUUACCCCUGCUCUGGUUACAAUUUUCACCUUAGAUUUCAUUCGCGGAGAUAGUUUUAUUUGAUUGUGUUAUCGCCUCAUAUUUGGUUAUUUGCUACUGGGAGCAAGUUUAUUCUUUUGUAUUAGUAAACCUUUGUUUUUUAAUCCAAUUUUGUUUGGUCAACAUUGGCUCUUUAAUCAAUUUUUAUUAUUAUUUUUCAAAUCUAACAUUGGUGAGUGGUGCAUUACCAAACUCGUGCUAGGAUAAACCGUUCCCAUUUGAUAACCAAAAACAAAAAAAAAGGCAAAAAAAGAAAAGAAAAGAAAAGAAAAAAGGCAUGGUUGUUGGAAGAAGGGGUUCCUCCAUUUCCAGCCUCCGACGAAUCGCAGCGAGGGUGUUCUCUUCCUACUCUGCGCCCAUUCACGGAAUCCACGUUUUUCAGUGCCCGGAUGUGGUGGGAAUCGUCGCUAAGCUCUCGGAAUGCAUUGCCUCCAGAGGAGGUAAUAUACAUAGCAUCGACGUCUUUGUUCCCGGGAAUAAACAGGUCUUCUACUCUAGAAGUGAAUUUGUGUUUGAUCCUGUACGAUGGCCACGGGACGUGUUGGACAGUGACUUCCUCAGAUUAUCAAGGUUAUUCAGUGCAGAAAAAUCUAUUGUAAGGGUCCCUGAUGUAGACCCCAAAUAUAAGAUUGCAGUUCUUGCUUCAAAGCAGGAUCAUUGUUUGGUAGAUUUGCUACAUAGAUGGCAGGAGGGUAGGCUUCCGGUGGAAAUUAGUUGCGUAAUAAGCAAUCAUAACAGAUCUCCAAAUACCCAUGUUAUACGUUUUCUUGAGAGACAUGGGAUUCCAUAUCACUACUUACCAACAACUUCAGGAAAUAAAAGAGAGCAGGAAGUUCUGGAAUUGGUUGAACAGACAGAUUUUCUUGUGCUCGCAAGAUAUAUGCAGAUCCUGUCCGGAAAAUUUUUGGAAACUUACGGUAAAGAUGUCAUUAACAUUCAUCACGGCCUUCUCCCAUCAUUCAAGGGUGGAAAUCCUUCUAAACAGGCUUUUGAUGCUGGGGUUAAAUUGAUCGGCGCGACAAGUCAUUUCGUGACAGAAGAACUCGAUGCUGGCGCAAUCAUUGAACAGAUGGUUGAGAGAGUCUCUCACAGAGAUACCUUACAAAGCUUUGUGAUGAAGUCGGAGAAUCUUGAGAAGCAGUGCCUUGCACAAGCAAUAAAAUCUUAUUGUGAACUCAGAGUGUUACCUUACGAAUCCAAAAAAACUGUUGUAUUCUGAGGCCCUUGUGAAAUUUUAUAAUUUAUAUUAUUUGCAAUUUAAUAAUCUGUAACAUUAUGGGUUGUCUUUGAUUAUCAUUCCUUAAGUUCAUAAUAUUUCUUUGAA